AUGGCUCUGAAGCAAGCUGCAGAAGAUCAUCACGAUGAGUUCCCAAGGGCCGCAGAGGUGGUCAACAGGGAGACAUACAUGGAUGAUAUCCUGACUGGUGCCGAUACCCUUGCUGAGGCUUGCCAACUACAGCGAGAUGUGACAGGACUACUGGCGAAAGCCUGCUUCAGCGCUCACAAGUGGUGCGCCAACCAUUCAGAUAUCGUGUUAGGUGUAGCUGAAGAACAACGAGGAGACACUUUCGAGGUUACGGACGACACCUCGAAGACCAUCGUUAAGACACUGGGCGUGACAUGGAACCCGUUGGAGGACUGGUUCUCGGUGUCCGUUCCUGACUUUGACAACCCAGAAGGAAUGACUCGAAGGAAACUUCUGAGUCAACUGGCCAAAAUAUUCGACCCACUUGGAUUCUUUGGCCCAGUAAUCACCUACGCGAAGCUGAUCUUGCGAGAAGUAGGUGAACUACAAAUCGAUUGGGACGACUCCAUCCCAACCGAAAUCGACGAGAAGUGGCGAAACUUUCGGACCGAGAUGACAUCACUGAGGGAAAUCCGAGUUCCGAGAUGGAUUUCCUGGAAGGAUGUGUUCCAGCUGAGACUACAUGGGUUCGCUGACGCAUCCGACCAAGCCUACGGUGCCUGCUUGUACGUGCAGGGCACUUUCACCGACGAGGAGUCCAAGAUGCAGCUUGUUUGCAGCAAGUCUCGGAUCCUACCGAAAAAACGAAGUCCGAAGGAGAAGGCCAUCACGACCCCUCGAGCCGAACUGUUAGCGGCACUGUUACUGGCUCGAAUGGUCGUGAAGUUCCUGAACGCUACGAAGCUUAAGUUUGAAUCAGUACAUCUUUGGAGCGACUCAAAAAUCGUCUUGGCUUGGGUCAAGAAAACGCCAGAACUACUGCAGACAUACGUAUCAAAUCGGGUAAGCGAGAUCCAGCAGCUUAGCCAAUCCUUCCAUUGGCAUUACAUUUCCACACAUGACAACCCGGCCGAUUUGAUUUCACGUGGAGUUACACCGAGGAAAUUGAUUGGUUCAACUAUUUGGUGGCGGCCCCAACCAACACAACACCUCAUCGAGGAUGAGGACGAAGUGGAAAUUCCGGAUAGUGAGCUACCGGAAAUGCGAGCUGGAGUGGCUUUAGCCAUGACUGUUCCGAUCGAACGUUUUCCGAUCUUUGACAGGUUGAGCAGUUACACACAGAUUGUAAGGAGUAUGGCCUACUUGGUGCGACUAGCUAGGUUCAUCAAGUCACGCAAAAGGGAGGUGGUAAAGGGCCGACUGACAGCGAAGGAAGUGCGUACAGCGACGCUCUUAAUAGUACGACUGGUUCAACGCGAGACUUUCCAGCCCGAAAUCAUCGCACUUAUGGACGGUGCGAAUACAAAACAUCGACUUAAUGGACUACAAGCGUUUUUGGAUCCUGACGAUGGGAUCAUACGAGUUGGAGGCAGGAUCAAGCGAGCCUUCAUACCUUACGACAGUCGACAUCAGAUGCUGUUGCCGGCUAAGCAUCCAAUCACUGAAGCUCUCGUUCGCGAACUACACAUCGACAACCUACACAUCGGGCAAAGAGGUUUGCUUGCAGUUGUACGUCAACGGUACUGGCCACUGAAUGUGAAGAAUACUAUUCGAAAGGUGAUACGGAAGUGCAUCGUGUGCUUCCAGGCAAACCCGUUGAAGACGACGCAACUGAUGGGUGACCUACCGUCGUAUCGCGUCCAGCCAGCCCCCGUCUUUUCGAAUACCGGUGUGGACUACGCCGGUCCCUUCUGGAUAAAAUCAACGACUUCUCGCAAACCGCAAAUCACCAAGGCGUACGUGUGCUUGUUUGUGUGUUUGCAGACUCGGGCGGUUCACUUGGAAUUGGUUUCAGACUUGACGACAGACGCCUUUCUAGCGAGUUUGAGACGGUUCAUCAGUCGACGUGGAUGCCCGAAAACGAUACGCUCUGACAACGCGACUAACUUUGUCGGAGCUAAAACCGAGCUACAUGAACUUUGGCGUAUGUUCGAGAACGAUUGCGCUACGAAAAAGAUCACCAACUAUUGUGUCGACAAGGGUAUUGACUGGUCGUUCAUACCACCACGAAGCCCACACUUUGGUGGCAUUUGGGAGGCUGGUGUGAAGCAGGUCAAAUACCACCUAAAACGUAUUGUUGGCGAUAGGAAGCUGUCUUACGAGGAGCUUUACACGACAUUGACCCAGAUAGAAGCAGUACUGAACUCUCGUCCCUUGGUACCGAGUUCAGAUGACCCAUCCGACUACACUGCGAUCACGCCUGCACAUUUCCUGAUCGGACGUGAGAUGCAGACGGUUCCUGAACCUGACUACUCUACCUUGAAGGAAAAUCAUCUCUCACGAUGGCAGUUAGUGCAGUCCAUGCUGCAACACUUUUGGAAACGAUGGACCGCCGAGUACCUGCCGGAGCUGCAGAAUCGAUCGAAAUGGCUGAAGCGGAAGGUGAUUAAAGUAGGAUCACUUGUGUUACUAGCUGACCAGAAUGCGCCACUACUGCAAUGGCCACUUGCCAGAAUCGUUGCCGCACACCCUGGAGAUGAUGGUACAAUUCGUGUCGUUACCGUUAAGACAGCGAAUGGAGCGGAAUUCAAGCGUGCGGUAACUGAGGUCUGUUUUCUACCGUUAGACGAGGAUGAAAAUUGA